ACACACACACACACACACACACACAAAGUACAUCAAACAUAUAUUUGAACACGCAGAUUUGUCUGUUCUGAACUGAGUGUAUCAAACAAAUUGGUCAAAAUAACCUCCCCACACACACACACGCACACACUGCUGGUGUAUUUUUAACUCUGUCCUGUUAAAAAGUUCAUUCAAAUAUUAUUAUUUGUACUAAGAUAUGAACAUACCAGGGCUACAGCUGUCUUGUUUUUUAACCUUCUUGCUUAGAUGGACUUUAAUGCAAAAAUACAUUUUACACUUUCACUACUUUUUUACUUUGAUAAGUUGUGGUUUCAGAAAUUCUUGCAGGAUAAAUCAGGGACACACAGCUAAUAUACUGCUGUGCUUGAAGAUUUUUAGCAUCAAAAAUUCAAAGUUUUUUAAUUGGCUUAAUGAUGUGCAAUGUGGCAUAUAUCCUACCUUUGGGUAUAGACUAGUAUGCAAGUAUUCAUUUGAUGGAGAAAUAUAAAGAUUCAUAUUUUAAGAUAAAUAUUCAUAAAUAGCCUAUAUUUGAUCUAAGUAUUAAAAAUCUCAGACAUUUUUAUUAUUAUUAUAUGAAGGAAUCUCUCUAGCUUAUCUGACAUGCAAAGAAAUGUAUUUAUUGGCAAAUUUGAAUCAAGAAUUGUGUGGAAAAUCCUUUGAAAACAUUUCAUAACAACUCAAUGUAAACUUGCAACCUAAGCACUAUAAAGUCAUGUCAGAGCAGAAGCUGUUACGUGUGUGUCACGCCUUCAGGCAGUGUUUGUUCCUUUUGUGUGUGAUUUAUGCAAGGGUGUGUUGAGUUGCAGAGCGAGUUGAGAACUGGUUUGUUAUGUGUACUUUUCCACGACAGCUUUUUCUCAGGGAUGCCCGAGCAUGUCUAUAAAGGUCUUCCCUGCUCCCUUUGGGAUUUGCAUGAGGAGCUACUACUGAAAUAUGAGAACAUGCAUCCAGACUCCAGCGCUGAGUUCGACUCAUCGUCCAGCUGUAGCACAGCAUCGCCUGGCGGGGACACCCCUGGGUGCAGCCAGCAUCCUCCUGACUCGCUUUCAUCAUCAGUGGACAACACCAAGGAUGUUGAGACCAGUGCAGCAGACUCCUUUGUUCCGACUGUGACUGCAAUCUCAAGCUCGCCGGAUCUAAGGUGGAUGGUGCAGCCGACAGUCAUCACAUCUGUCUCUCCGUCAUCCAGCCGUGCAAAGCCCAAAACUCAUGGUGCGAACCAGUCGUCUUCCCCGGCAGGUGCAAACAAGGCGAAGCCCUCCAACAGGAAAGGGCAAAAAGCGCAGCCUUCCAAGGAGGAGGAGGAAAGGAGGAGGAUCAGGAGGGAGAGGAAUAAAAUUGCUGCAGCAAAGUGUCGUAACAGGCGGAGGGAGCUGAUAGACACUCUGCAAGCUGAGACUGACAUGCUCGAAGAAGAGAAAUCCGGUCUCCAGACGGAGAUCGCCGAGCUCCUGAAGGAGAAGGAGAGACUGGAGCAGGUCUUAGCCUCCCACAAACCCUCCUGCAAACUCCCUGCAAAUGGUAGUGAUGAUGAUGAUGAUGAUGAUGAGGAUAAUGAUGUGAACACAAUGCUGCAGGACCCUCCGGCUUCCCCACAGCUGCUGUCCAUCUUAGAGAAUGGAAAAACCCCAGAGAGCAACACAACAAUCGGAGAAGCCACCAUUGGUCAAGACAUGGACAGCAUCCCUUGUAUCCCUGCUGCAGCCAUUUUGGGGAACUCCAACAUCCUGCUGUGUUCCAGUGCAGAAGAAGAGGUUCUGGAGGACUUAAAAGGAGACGACCUGGAUGACUUGGUGCCCAGCCUUGAGAUGGCGGUGACGGCUGAGACGGCCGCCUCCGUCCCCGACAUAGACCUGAGCGGCCCCUUCGGCCUCUCAGACUGGGAAACGUUGUACAAAUCUGUGGCAAACGACCUUGAAUCUUUGAGCACACCAGUCAUGUCUUCCAGUCCCACUUGUAGCAAUUAUCGCACAGUGUUUUCCUUUAAUUACUCCGAGAUUGAUUCCCUGGCUGAGGGCUGCGAGAGCCUCAAAGGCAUCCUCGGUGCAUCUGAGUUCAAGAAAGAUAGUCUCAACUCUCCAACACUUCUGGCCUUGUGAAUGCAAAGAAGUUAUGCAAUGAUACUGUAAUUGUAUUCUAACCAGCCAGCAAGCAAGCUAUGAUCUCUAUCAAAUAAUCUUUUGUAGUGUGAGUUUUUGGAUGUUGUGUAUAGAUGAAGUGUUUUCUGUGGCUGUAACAGGGUUGACUUCUUCAAUACUGCUGGUGCAAGUCUCUUGAGACUUGAGAUUUUCGUGCUGGUAUCUAAAAAUGCAUGCAAAUACAAAGUCAUCCGUAAUCCAAGAAGAGAUGAUAUCUUGUGUUUUAGAAAAUCCCUAAUGUGAUGUGAAGUUAGAUCAUGCUCAAUAGCCUACUGUGCGUGCGUGUGUGUGUGUGUGUAUACUAAUGUUGUGCUGUAACAAGUGAAAAUAACAGGGUUACUAAUGUGUAGCGUAUAGGUGUUAACAUCUUGCUGUAAGGUGUCCCCCCCCCCCAACCCCCUGACUUGACUUUUCCUUUCGAGUUUUUUCCAUGAAAAGAUCGUGUCAUGUAUUUUAUCAAGAUGUAUUUUAUGACAUAGUUUAUUUUUUUACUUAUCAAAACUUAUCAGAUGCAAAAACAUAUAUAUAUAUAACGCUGGAAAUAAAAAAAAAGAGACUACCACACUAGAAAUGUCUUGCCGUUGUUGUUAUUCAGUGUAAAGAACCUCACCACAAGCUCCAUUUAGCAACUGUUUUGGAG